AUGAUAAAACCUGGUCUGCUGAAUGUGAGGUCGCUGUCAAACAAAUCUAUGGUAAUAUAUGGUGUUUUGUUUCAUAACAAAGUCGAUGUAAUGGUGCUAACGGAAUCAUGGCACAGAUCAUCAGAUGGUGACUCAGUAAAGUCUGCGCUGCCGCCAGUAUAUCGACCCGGCUCAAGAGUUGCUUACAAGCUAUUUUUUGACGAGUUGGCGCAUGUAGUCGAGGGACUGACUGUAAGCAACAUUCCAUUGUUGAUGGCUGGCGAUUUUAACAUUCAUCUGGAGGACGUUGAUGAUUUAAAUGCAAGGAGGAUGGAAGGUAUCUUCACAACAUUUGAUGUGGCUAGAUUCGUACAUGAUGCAACUCACAUAGGGGACGGAAUGUUGGACUUUGUGGCUGCCUCAUCUGGUUAUGGGGUUACUGAUGUCAACGUGAGAACACCAGGAAAGUUGUCGGAUCAUGCCCUGGUGACCUGCAUAUUGUCUAUAAAAAAAGUUAAAGCAAAAAUAAGCUCGUACGUUGUUGUAAGAGGCAUGACAAAGUUGCAUUUCAAAAUUUUUUGA